CCUCACUGAUCAAAUCCACAGAAAAAGAUCCCAAUUCGUUGACCAAUAGUAAUCAACGCUCAUCAAUGCCUCAUCACUCGCGUUUAUAGUAGAAGGGAAUCAAAGUCACCGUCACUUCCAUCUUCACGCUUACCUUUCUUCUGUGUCUCUGUUUUGCUCUGUAUUUUAUCUUCCCUCUCCUCGUUUUCAUGGUCACCAGUUGUGCUACUCGCUACUCUGUACAGAUAGGAACCAACACCAAAACCUCGAAUAAACCGACAGUCCAAACUUGUCGGAAAUUCCUGUUGUGUCCCCAAUCUACUUCCAUAUGUCUAUACAGCAAACCCCAUCCUGAACGUUAUUCCUCAAUAAACGAACAGAGACACAAAGAGCAAACAAUUUCGACAUGAAAACAGAGCAUCACUACCAGAAGAAGCUAGCGACAGUUGUCAAAUUAGCAAGACCCUCCGCGUAUUUCAUCCUUCUCUUGCUAACUUACGCCUUGGGUUACCUGUCCGCUCCUUCCUCUUCAACCUCCUCACCAUCACCAACGACAGCUCUUACCUCUCCUUCUUCAACCCACUAUACACCUGUUCUUCAUAUAAACAACUCUACCCGUACCCAUCUGGACUUUUUCCGGGUCACCGCUCGAUGCGCCGACCCGAUCCCUACCGACCUCGUCCGCUCGACGCUCCUACGAUACCUUUUCAACGGAACAUCGCCUUUUACAAAUUUCCCGCCAGAGCACGCGGCAAAGCGACUCCGUCGAAAGCGGGUCAAGGGGUGGGGGUCCAAAGGCGCGGUCUUCGAGAACCUCAUUCGCCGGGUGAAGCCCCGAACCAUAAUCGAAGUGGGCACAUUCCUGGGCGCGUCGGCGCUUCACAUGGCCGAGCUGACCCGGAGACUCGGGCUCCGAAGCCAGAUCCUAUGCGUGGACGAUUUCCGCGGGUGGGCCGGGUUCAGGGACCGGUUCAAGGACAUCGAGAUGAUAAACGGCGACGUGAUGCUGUACUACCAGUUCAUGCAGAACGUGGUGAGCUUCAACGCGACGGAGUCGAUCGUGCCGGUGCCGUUCUCGAGCGGGUCGGCCCUGAUGAAGAUGUGCGAGAUGGGGGUGUACGGGGAUUUGGUGGAGAUCGAUGCGGGUCACGACUUCUAUUCGGCGUGGGCCGAUGUAAACCGGGGAUUCCGGAUCCUGCGACCCGGAGGGGUUAUGUUCGGGCACGAUUAUUUCACAGCGGCGGACGAUAGAGGGGUGAGAAGAGCCGUUGACUUGUUCGCAGCUCUGAACGGUAAAAAGGUUUAUAUCGAUGGCCAACAUUGGGUCAUUGAAUCUUCCUAGUUCUUUCUUUUGCAUUUUUCCCACUCUUUACGCAACCACGAAAGAAUCAAACUUCACCUGUGAAAAUUUGUAUACUUUUGCUUUUUUUUGGCCUUCUUAUCUGUGAUCGUGAAAAUGAAAAUAUAUAGAAGUUAUUAGGAA